AAAGGCUCUCGCUUUGAACAAGAGACGUCCACUUCCCUGUGCCCUGGUGUUAGUGUAAGGUCAUGAAACCACUUUUGGCCUUUUUGGCCUUGAUCGCGACCUUUUUACAAUCUUCAAUGACAGUGGUAUGCGCCGGCUCAACGUCGAUGUCGGGGGUUAAGUGCUUUCCCCGAUAUCCUGGCGAGGAUGACUCUUCCGCAGAGUCAUCGUACAUCUGUAUCUUUCCCCCGGGAUUCAAGCGAGCUUCACGGGUGCCCGAGAUUCUCGAUGUGUCCAUCGCCCCGGAGGCCAAUUUCCAGGAUCCCGUCUACCCAAACACAAUGAGCCGACGAAGCACGCUCAUGAAACUUAAGCCCAAACCCAAGAGCUACAACGUGGCUUUUCCUUCGGGCAGCCGACUCCUUCCCCGUCUCUACUAGAUAGAUCCAUGAAAAGCCGUUCAUCUGUUGAUUGUGAUGGUUUCAGCUUCUUGAUUAGAUCAUGUGGUCGUCCACCUAUUGAGCCAAUGUCCAUGUUCCCUAAGUUCCGUUUCGUUUGACAUUGAUUCAGUCGUCACCACAGACAAUAAUAUUUGGGAGAUGACACAGAGCGUAAAAAAAUCAGAAGGGUAACUCUAGUUAGUACUGUUUUACAGUGGCAAUAAUAAUAACCUUAUGAUUACUACCAUUAAGUGUAGGUGUGUUUGUCCGUCAAAAGACGUCAAUUACUGGGGAGGAUCUUUCGAAAUCCAACGAACUCUCUCAAAAAUGCUCUCAAUAAAUGUGUUUUGAAACAACAUCCUUUCGUUGGACCAA